AUGGUCAUCGACGGCAAAGACGACGAUGGUGGCGGUAGCAGAUAUGAUGGCAGCGGUGGAAUCAGCGACGACGUCGAAGCUAAGGAAACGCCUCCUAUCGGUUUUGAUGGAGGUGAGAAGGGGAUGAAGGAUGAGAAAAUGGGAGCAGAGGGUAGAGGGCAGAGAUGGGUGGGUUGUGAAAGUAUCGGCGACGGGUGGGUUGUGAAAGAUAUUGAUGGAAUUGGGGAUGGCGGAGGGUGUCGAGAUAAUGACGGUACAAGUUUGGGAAUCGUGAUUCAUGAUGAAGCUGGGAAGUUGUCUUUGCAGGGUCCUCCAAGAAGACGAGUGUUGGGAACCUACAAUUGCAGAGGGAAGAGCAGUGUGUUUGCAGUCGAGUGUAUGAAAGAGCAUCGCUUGGGCCCAUAAAUGAUAGAAUCUGAUUGUCUAAGCGUGAUUAAAAGGAUGAAGUCCCAGGUAGAGGAUCUAUCCGAGUUUGGAACUAUUUGUAAAGCCAUUCGUGAAGGCGAGAGAGUGACGAUUGCAGAGGAUGAAUACGUGCUAAGAGAAGCAAAUUCAGUGGCCCAUAGUCUGGCACACCGACCUGUCAAUUAUUCCCCCUGUAAUUACUGGUUAGGAACACCCACUAUGUUUAUUAUUGCUCGUUUGUAGAAUGAUUUGAGGCAAUUGGCCAAUUAAUAAAAGCAACAGAGGAGUUCAUCCUCUUUUUCGUAAAAAAA